GGCAGGGUAGCGUGUGCCAACACAGCUGCCUAUUGAGAGGCAGUGUUACGGACACAAUGUAAGCGACAGACUUGCUGUAUCAACAGCUUCCCCUUUUCUGCUGUUGUGGCCAGAAAUAAACCAUAAAUACCCCCCCCCUGUCCCUGCCCUCUAAUGGCUCAACCCCACCAAACACCAAGAGGCACAGAGAAAGAGGGACACUACCACUUCCAAGCAGGCAUACCCAGUGGAGGAGCAGUGGAUCAGGAGGAUGUCGGAGCAGCAGAGUGCCCCGGAGCAGCUGGCUGCUGGGAAGAGCCAGGGUGGAGCUGGAGCCACGUAUAAGGUGGUGCUGUUUGAGUUUGAGAACUUCCAGGGCUGCAAGGCGGAGUUUUCUGCAGAGUCUAAAGAUGUGUCAGAGAAGGGACUGGAGAAGGUCGGAUCUGUGAUAGUCGAGUCAGGACCCUGGGUGGGUUAUGAUCGACAUGGGUUCACAGGGGAGCAGUUUAUUCUGGAGAAGGGCGAGUAUCCACGCUGGGACACCUGGACCAACAGUCAGAACAGCUACUCCCUCUUGUCUGUAAGGCCACUCAAAGUGGACAGCGCUGAGCACAAGCUACACCUGUUCGAGAACCCUGGAUUUACAGGUAGAAAGAUGGAGAUCGUUGAUGAUGAUGUUCCCAGUUUGUGGGGCCAUGGUUUUCAGGAUCGUGUAGCAAGUGUCAAGGCUCUUAACGGAACAUGGGUCGGCUACAUGUACCCAGGCUACAGAGGCCGCCAGUUUAUCUUCGAGCGAGGAGAUUUCAAGCACUGGAAUGACUGGGAGGCCCCUGCGCCCCAGAUCCAGUCUGUCCGACGUGUGCGGGACAUGCAGUGGCACAAGAGGGGCUGUUUCACCGUUCCUGACCCAGAUCCAGCUCCCGGCCCCGGCCCCGACCCCGACCCCGCCCCAGCACCUCCUGCCCCCCCUGCAACAGCUGGAGCCAGCUGAGCAGGAUCCUCACCCUCAUAGCCUCCCCCCAUGCUGACAACAGUGCCUGCCCUCUGCCUUAACCUAACCAUGGCAAACGCUGCUUGUGCCCAGUGAGGAGUGCCAUGUAUGUUUCAGUGGCGAA